CGGUCCACACCACACGUACACACGUACAGAGGAUAUUUCAUCAUCGUGCAUUUAAAGGAAGUUGUACCAUACUCAGAUAUCAUCAGAAUUAGCCAUUUAUUUCAUUUAAACUGGUGGGAUUUUGUCAUUGAGCGUCGAUUUUAACACAGUUAGAGCUAGUUGUGUUAGACAUCAGUGGGUCCGUUUUUUAACGGUAGUGUUCAGAAAUUAAAUUGAUCCAUUCAAUUAUGCACUGACUGAGAUUUUUGUGAAAACCUCAAAGACAUCGCACUGGCUUUGAAAUGCUGGUCGAAGUUUUUGUCUUCAGUUUAUGACUGUUUCUGGGGUGUGAAAGAACUCGAGCCAAACGAGAACACUAUGAUAUCGACCAUGGAGAUCGGCCAGGUGUCAACCCGCCGGGAAUACAGGCCCGAUAACUGGUGUUGGGACGGCCAGAGCAAAUCGUCCGAUGUGCAAUUAUCUUCUAAUCACUUAGCUGCGUAUUUCCAUAUAGAUCCCGUUGAGGACAGUACCGGUACAGCAGGCGUCCGAGGGACACAAGGAUUCAAUGAAGGGGAAUACUAUUGGGAGGUCAUCUUUACUGAGCCUGCAUUCGGGACAUCCGUCAUGGUCGGGGUUGGAACACAGAAAGCUCUACUACACACUAAUAACUAUCAGUACAUUGACAUGCUAGGCAUGGACGACCAGAGUUGGGGUUUAUCCUACAAGGGGACCGUCUGGCACAACGGCACCUGCAGACAAUACUGUGAACCGUUCUACGAGAACAACACCAAUAUUGGCAUUCUACUUAAUCUGUAUGCUGGUACGCUCACGUUCUUCAAGAAUGGUAUUAACCUAGGAGUUGCUUUCAAAGAUUUACACCAAGGUGGGGAGGAGCUCUACCCCUUGGCCUGUUCAACGGCAGCCGAGACUGAACUGGAACUCGGAGAACGAAGCUCGCGCAAGCUCCGCUUACAGGAUAAAUGCUACGCCGCCAUCUUGCAGAGCAUGGGACUGAACGAUAACGACAUCGACAUCCUACCCCUUCCCAAUACCAUGAAGCAUGACCUGAAGAAAGAUCGGCACAAUGCUAGCUAUAACGCGGCUGGGUGCUACUGAAAUUGAAAUUACGUUUGUACGACCAGUGAAAUAUAUUUAGAGACUAAAACUUAUAUAUUUAAAAACAAAAAUAUUAUUUUUCUUUAUUAUAACAGAAUAUAUGUUGAAAUGUAAACUUUUGGUGAUAUAUUGGGGAGGGAGAGGGGACUGUGCGGGCAGACAAAAAAGUAUUUUAAUUUUUAGUUUUUGAAAAACAAAUAUUGGGGACAUCUGAAAAAUCAUAGAGACAUGGUUUCUCUCCGUUCGUACUUCUGUAGUAUACAGAAAUUUCACCAAAAGUCUACAUGGGCCUUUGUAGUUUUUUUCAGUAGUAAACCUCCUUCUGUUGUGUUUAUACUUAAUUAAAAAUUAAGAAGGAACGAAAAUGAAAUAACUCAGGAUUUUAGUCCCUUUCUCUUGGAACCAUUUACAUGACUUUUUCCGGACGUUUGACGAGUUCUGAAAAAAAACUGUACAAGUCUUUAAGACACUGGACACUAUUGGUAAUUGUCAAAGACCAGUCUUCUCAA